CCUACAGGCGGUUAACGAACAACUAUUUAUACUCGCAUCCUACAACUGUUUGCCAUUCACAAAUCGAAAAUUCAGAUGUAUCAUAUCAAGUCUAACUUUGCUAUACCGAGGACUGUACUUUUUUAAACAACAACAUUACAUAACAUAGUUUACAACAUUUAAAGGAUUUUUGUUUUCCGAUAUAUUUUGUAUACUGUAAUAUACAGAACAUAACUAAAUAAACACAAUAUAACACAAAAAAAGCUUCAAAGAGCAGCAAUGAUUGGAUACACAACAGCGCUGUUUGCUUUGGUCGCCGCAACUUUGGUCAUUGCCGGCAAAGACGAACUCGUGAAAUGCACCCCGGGUGUAGAUGAGAUCAUCGGAAAGGCCGACUGUACGGGAUACUACUUGUGUGUGUUCGGGAAGGCAAUGGAUAUGACGCCUUGUCCUCCUGGCUAUGUGUUCAGCUCCAGCUCCAAAGUUUGUGUUCCUAAAGGUUCUAUUAAGGAUGACUGCAAGAAAACAACAGAGGGAAGCGGCGGCUACAUGACCGUAUUGUCCGAAAAAGGGCAUCUUAGCCCAGAGGAACGAUGUAGCAUUGACAGUGAUGAUGUAUUUCCACACCCCACGGAAUGCCAGGCCUUCUACAAUUGUAGUGUCUAUAACAAACCAAGCAUGUACCAAAUCUUUGAACAACAUCUUGAUGAAUGUCCGUACCCCCAGCUGUUUAACACAGACCAAACAAUGUGACCAUUUUGAGAAUGUCACAUGUGGAACCAGGACGGAAUUUAAGGAUGGAUGUCAAUACAAACGCAACAAGUGCAUCAUUUCCCACUGUAUCCCUUGUGUAUACCGAUUACCAAACUGUGAAGGUAAAGGUGAUGGGAUAAACGUUGACCCAGUCAGACUAUGGACUCCAUACUACGCCGUGUGCUACAAGGAACGCUUUGAUAAAAAGGACCAAUGCCAAGUUGACGAAGACGGCCGAACACAGUUUUUCCAUCCGGAAAGAAACGAAUGCGUUCCAUUAGAUAUGAUUCCCCGAGAACACGGAGGACUAAUGCCCGAGUGCGGUACGAAAGUAAACGGGGGUUUUCUGGAUGUUUUCGGACGAUGUGAUCGUUAUGCAUAUUGUCAGGGUGGGAAAUACAUUGGCACGAUCAAAUGUGAUGUUGGAGAAGUGUUCGAUGAACUGAAAGGAGGAUGCGUUCCUGAACGUAAUGCGUGUGGAGUCUGCAGCACACAUAGCAAUUGUUCAACAAGUUUCUUGCGUGAUGGUCGUUGUGAAAUUGAUAAUGAAGGGAAAAGAAAGGAGUCGCCAAGACAAACAUAAGCUGUGAUUUUUAAUAAUGACAGAAUCACGUCACGUGAGGUCAAGUGAUAAAAUGACUGUUACAUGAUUAAAAUGUUGCUCAAAUGGGCUUUCUAAAAUACAGAAAAACCUAUUUCAACAUCACAGGUCUUCUUAAAAACGUUUAAUACUUGUGUUAAAAGUGUAUUUGGCAAAAUGUUUUCAUUGAAUGGUUGCUUCUCUAACUCUGUGGUUUGUAUGUUAAUCAAGAUAUAAUCUUAAUAAACAAUAACUUUACUAAUGUAUCAUUGUAUUCUAUAUUGACAAUGUGAAAACAAUGCAAGAAGUGACUUGAAAGGUUAGCUGAUAUUUAUCAGAUAGGAUAGGGUAAAAACAGAAAAAUAAGCGGAUUAAAAAAACAAUAUCUGCUUUGAUUCGAUGUACAUUAUAAUCAUUAUGUAAUAUGUAUAUUCGUUGUAAAAAAACUACAAAACUUGUUAUAUUAUAAAUUACUUUUGCCAUGUGCAGUGCAUUUGAAGUCCAUGCAUUUCUUUAAUAAAACUGCGA